CUGCUCGGGACUUUUAGCCCGUCGGACCUGUUUAGGAAGCCAUUCCCAGCUGUGACCUGUUAGCUGUUCACAACAAAUGCACGUGUAGCCAAAGACAAGUCAUGUUUACUUUGAGGACUUUACAGAGAAAUAAAACCGUGAAAUAUGGAGUUCCUAUGCUUUUGCUGAUAGUUGGUGGCUCCUUUGGCCUUCGAGAGUUUACUCAAAUCCGAUACGAUGCCCAGAAGAUCAAGAAAAGGUUGGAUCCUUCACUGGAGGCUAAAGUGGACUCCCAGAAGCAAUCGGUCAUGCUGGAGGAGGAAUAUGAGAAGUUAAAGGAAGUGAAAAUAGAUGAGUGGAAGAACAUCCGUGGUCCUCGUCCCUGGGAGGACUCCAAGGAGUACCAGGAGGAGCAGCGCAGGAGUCGGAGCUAAACAGACUGAACUGAUGGGGAGGGGGGCGGGACCCGUGGAGUCCAGGCGCUGCAGCUUCA